AUGCACUCCAUAUUGCCUCUAAGGCUGCUGUGGUUGAUAUCAGCCGUCUCUGCCACUCAAUUACUCGAUAUUGGAUGCUCAUCGAAGCCACACGUGAUCGGCUGCCGCUUCGUACGUUCGUCUGACAUUCCGUUAACCUCUCCGUCGAUUGACUGGGGCCAUUUUGCACCGGAAGAUGUUGGCAUCUUCGACUUGAUUAAGCCAAAUGUAACGACUGGGGCAUUGGCGUUGGAGAGCAAAAUACGAUGGAAGGUUCCGAUUGGUCAACUUCCACAUGAAUUGCUAGGUUUCCAAGUGACAAUUACUGAGCGGACUGGUGAAAACAGAAAAACGUAUACCUAUUUGGCAAAGCUAAAUCGCUCGAUCCACCGGGUGAACAAUGCUGUGCAACAGGCUGACUUUUUCUUGAAGCUCAAUGGUCUCUUCAAAUUUGGCAACAACUAUGAUCUCAAGAUUUCCUUUUAUCCACCGGGAAGUGGCGGGAUUGCCAAGACCGAAAAAAUCAUUCCGCCCUGGUUGGAGAAGACGGAUUGCGAUCUGAGAUACAGUCUAAAAAAGCACCGGGUCAAGAGAUCUCGCCAAAUCACACCGAGGGACAUGGCAACGCUAUGGUCGACGUCUUUUCAAGCUAUUGAAUUGUAUCCAGCCAGGAGCUCGGUGAACGUGACGUUUGCAACGGCGCCAGCAGAGCUUUGCAUCAAUUCGUACAUUGUGCGGCUGAAGAGCGACGCUACGGGACAGGUUCUUGUGACCCGUGGAGUAGAAGCCGAACCGAACAUGUUCAUUUGGCAGCUUUUCGAAAAUCUACCAUUUGGAAUGCCAUUUAUUGUUGAGGUCGUCCCGGCGGUAAACAAAGAUGGUUAUUGCCCAUGCAGCAAUUGCAACUGUGUCACCACAUCAAGCAAAGCCUUCGAGCUAGCGGAAGUCAAAGCCAAGGCCCCAAUCCCACGAGAGCCUCUCCAAGUGGCUCAUUCAACCCCCGGCGAUUCGUUGUGGCUUUUUGCUUUGAUCCUGCUUGCCGCCAUCGUAGCUGCCCUCAUGAUCCUGAUCGCAAUCGUCAUCUUCUAUCACCGCAAAAUUUUAAAGACCGAAGAACAUUUGAAAUUGACCCUGGCUCAAGAGGCGCCUAAGUUCCCGAGUCUCAAAGAGAAGCGUAUCAAGGCCGUCCUGAUCAUUGCACGCAACAAAACACACAUUGAGAAGUAUAUGUGCGAUAAACUGGCGAGAGCUUUGGCCAAUAGCGGAGCUCGAGUCCGCUAUGAAGAAUGGGAGCAUAUGCAAGUUGAGGAAAAUAUCUUCCAAUGGAUCGCUAUGGUACUACGGGAUGUCGAUAGUAUCCUGCUGGUGCACGGGCAAAAAGCCCCAGACUAUCAACUUUCACCCGGAAGUGAUAAUCGACUACUGAGCAUGAUCAAACCGACUGAUCCGAGAUUGGUUCAUGCGUCUUGGGGUCACUACCGUACUGAUUCGCCUUAUAUCGAGACCGUAUUCAAUCUGCCCCGCCAUGCACCACUCCUUUGUGCAGCACUUUGCUGUAAAUUUAUUGCUGAGCAGUGGAAGCCGGUUUUGAAAGCGUGCGAAGAACGCCUGAAGCUCCCACGCAUUGGGAUGGAUUCUGAAUUGGUCCCGAUUGAUGCGGUCGAUGAAUCAGAAGACGCAGCGCUGCUAGGAGAGCAGUGUUCUACAGAGAUCGAGGUUGUGGAUGAGGAGCAGGUUCUUGAGGUGGAAAGUCCAAUCGUGGAGGAGAGGGAGCAGGACUUUGAUACGGCCGAUUCAGGAUCCGUAGAUAGUUGUCAGAUGGAUACGAUCCUUGUGCGACCCCCACCAGUCCCAGUUCCUGCACCAGCAACCACACAGUGUCCACAGACCCCAGUACAGGCUGAUUCUGCUUACGCCUCGUUGAAUACGUACGAAAUCCAUGCA